ACUUGCCCAGUCUCCUGUCCUUAAGUCAUUUCUACCAUCCACGGCAGCCCGGGGGUGCUGGUAAUCCUGGACUGCCUGUCCCAGUGCCGGCGCUGGCAGUUCCAGUCUGUCCGGCUGAACAGCAGCCCGGCGCAUUCGCCUCGCCUCGCCUCGCCUCUCCUCCCUCCCUUUCUCGCUUCCUUUUUUCCCUCCUAUACUUCCCCCCUCCUUCCUUAGCCUCUUAAGUUUCCUGCACCGCAAAUCUAACUGUACCAAGCCCAGGAUCCCGCGGAGCCAAUACUGAAGGCGACCCGGACACUUGGGCGCCGACUCUGCCGAGGCUGGACGAAGCAACGGGACCGGUCCGCGCCGGAGCAUGGAGACCAAGCGCCAGGGAGGGCAUGUCCGGGGCGCCGGAGACACCAGGCCCCAGUAGCUCCUCCAUGGAGCCUGCCCAGAGCGGUCCCUGCUCUCCGGAUUCGCCCCUGAUCUUGUGCGGCUGCUGAGAGCGCUUCUUGCUCUGUAAAGUGGAUGUCAGGUGGAUCUAUGUUUUUGAAGGAACAAAGACUCAGAGAAGGCACCGCUGAGGAAGUUUGAGACGCGGGAGGAUGCAGGCUGCGGGCUGGUACGUCCUUCUCCUCCUGCAGCCCACCGUGUACUUGGUCACAUGUGCCAACUUAACAAAUGGUGGAAAGUCAGAACUACUAAAAUCAGGAAGCAGCAAAUCCACACUAAAGCACAUAUGGACAGAAAGCAGCAAAGAUUUGUCUAUCAGCCGACUCCUGUCACAGACUUUUCGUGGCAAAGAAAACGAUACAGAUCUAGACCUUCGAUAUGACACCCCAGAACCUUAUUCUGAGCAAGACCUUUGGGAUUGGCUGAGGAACUCCACAGACCCUCAAGAGCCUCGGCCCAGGGCCAAGCGAAGGCCUAUUGUUAAGACGGGCAAGUUUAAAAAAAUGUUUGGAUGGGGUGAUUUUCAUUCCAACAUCAAAACAGUGAAGCUAAACCUGUUGAUAACUGGGAAAAUUGUAGAUCAUGGCAAUGGGACAUUUAGUGUUUAUUUCAGGCACAAUUCCACUGGUCAAGGGAAUGUAUCGGUCAGCUUGGUGCCCCCAACAAAAAUAGUGGAAUUCGACUUGGCACAACAAACCGUGAUUGAUGCCAAAGAUUCCAAGUCCUUUAACUGUCGCAUUGAGUAUGAAAAAGUUGACAAGGCUACCAAGAACACACUCUGCAAUUAUGACCCUUCAAAAACCUGUUACCAGGAGCAGACCCAAAGUCACGUGUCCUGGCUCUGCUCCAAGCCCUUUAAGGUGAUCUGUAUUUACAUUUCCUUUUAUAGUACAGAUUAUAAACUAGUACAGAAAGUGUGCCCUGACUACAACUACCAUAGCGACACACCUUACUUUCCCUCUGGAUGAGGAUGAACAUGUGGGUGAGACUGAAGCCUGAGGAAUUAAAGGUCAUAUGACAGGGCUGUUACCUCAAUGAAGAAGGUCACAUCUGUUGCCUGGAAUGUGUCUACACUGCUGCUCUUGUCAACUGGCUGCAAAAACGCUAGUGGAAAACAUUCUGAUGUAAUUUCUGCCCAGUCAGUUUCAUCUCAGUAUAGCUGCAAAUCACAGAUUUUAAAGCCACAUUGGAAGACAUGCUCUCAUACUAGAUGUACAUGAACACACACUCAUACACAUUUCAGCUUGCCUCUGUCACGAUUCCUGUCAGGAGGGCUUUCAUUGUCUGGCUCAUAAUGGUUCAGGAUAAACUAUCAUCAAGCAAAAGGAUUAACUAAACAAAGAAUGGUUUCUAACAUUGAUGCUAUGGAAAUCUCUUUUAAAGUCUUGAGUACAUGCUAAUCAAUAAUCCCCAUUCAUGCAUUCCUACUGCUUGGAGUAGCUGUACUGGUAAAUACUACUGUAGGAGUAUAUGCUUGUUAAAAUGGAAAACAAUGUGUCUUUAGAGCUCAGUAUUCUUUAUUUUAUGAACACAACAAAGUGUAGUAGCUUUUUCCCAGCAUACAGUAGGCACAUUCAAGGUGAUACACGAUGGCUCUUUUUUUUUUUUUUUUGUUUUUUUUCUAUGGAGGAGCCUGUUCUUGGUAAAGAUGAGCAAACAUUUGGAAUUUACAUGUGAGCAGACAAUGGAUUACAGCUUUCAUGACCACUCACUGGACUUUGGCAAAGUCAAGACCAACUACGGAUGCUUAAACAAGUUCUGAUCAUUAUAUAAGAAGGGAAUUGCCUGACAGACACCAUAUAAGUGAUAAGUGUCUGUCGUAUCUUUACUACACAUAUUGUAACAAAUUCAAUAUCCUAGUCUUCAUUUGUAUGAAUGGUUUGUAUUGUACAUAGUUUAACCAGGUGUUAUUUGAGCUGCUUAUUAAUAUUAACUUGUACUUGUCUCCCUGCUUGUUAUUGGUUAAAAAAGAAAAAAAAAAAGGAUAUGAGGAAUCCAUUUUAUCAGUGUAGCUGUGAACUCCAUUAAAAGACAAACUUAAUGUACAAAGCAUUUAUUAAGCUCCAGUAUUGUUGAAAGCUAUACAUAUACAACAUUACAGUCUGUCUGUAUUUAGAUAUUUUAUUUCUGGACAAAUGAAAUGUACAUACAAAUAAAAUGCUUAAAGUUGAGUUUCAAUAUGUACUUGUGUAAGAUGGUGAUUUAAAUGGUUCUGACAAGAAGAAUGUGCUGGAAUACAGAUAUGGUUUUGAAUCUCAUGUCUCUAAAUUUGUACAGAACUAUCUAAAUUGCUAUUAGUUACCCAGUCAAAACAACUUAGGAGUUUCAAUCUCAAGCCUGGAAAACAGUUGUGGCACACAGCAUUGCACACAUAUUUGGUUUAUUGUCAUGCUACUUAUUCAAGAAUACCAAAAAUAAAUGGACAUGAGAUAAUUGAGAUGUUCUAAAUUAGUUACAACUUGUUUUUACAUGUGUUAUGGAAUAUUUAGCUGGAGAAUUUAGGGAAGGUAAUUUUUCUUUCCUAAAAAGAUGGCAAGAUGUCUGAAGAUUGGCUGACUUUCCCUGACUCUCCUGUGAUGACUCAACUCAAAUGAGAAAGCUGCUAUGACAUUGGAGGGCAUCAGUAUUUGAUUUACUUAUACCAG